CUCAAAGUAUCGGUGCACCGGGAGCCUCCUGCGCUAACGCGAGUCGAGCCGCCUUCUCCUUCAGGUACCCGGUGUCCUGUGCCAAAGACCACACACACCGUACACCAGUCCCUGGACGACCCAGUCAUGUGCGCCCCCCGCUCUGGAAGGCGGCUCCUUACGCUGUUCCUUGAGGGAUUUUCAGCAGGGCUGCAAUCAAACAUCGGAGCCUCUUUGAGACCUCGCCCACUAGCGCUGCAUCACAAGGUCUUCGGUGCCCAUCUGACAUAUGGAGCCACCAGCCGGUUUUACUCUGUGAAGCCCACCCAUGAUCAGGAUGUGAAGGAGCCGGGUUGGACCGAACCAGAUUCGGAUGCAGCCAAGUUACCCGCUGUCGCCAGUGUCUCGGCUGAAGCAGACGUGCAGCAACGCCAUCCGGCUCAUUUCGCCAAGUUCUGUGCCCAGCUCCAGCAGUGCAGGUCGCCGUCUGACGUUUUAGACUUGAGUGUGAAAUACACGCUGCCCGCCCGGGAGCUGAGCAACUGCUUCAGUCACAUGUGGCAGACGACGAAGAAGAUGACCGAGGAGCAGAGGCACUACGAGAAGAGCCUCAUGUUUGAGCACCCGGCCUUUGGCACCUUGUGUGAGAGGGCCAUGCAGCUGGCGCGCCACAUGAGCUGUCUCGACGUAGCCUACUGCCUGCUGGCCCUGGUCAAGCUGGACGUGUCUCAGCGCAGUCGGGUGGUGCAGACGCUUCUGAGGGUGGCGCAGGAAAAACUGAACCGGUUUGACGAGAAGGCGCUGUCCUUACUGGCCAGCUGCCUGCCUGAGAUGGACAGCUGCAAGAACGUGGACGCCCUGAAGACGGGCCUGCAGCUACUGGUGGAAAGCCGCACUCCCCAAAUUAAAAGUGUCAUUACCCUGCAGACUUUGAUGAGGUGCGUUGGGAAGGACGCCCCAUUGUCUCUGAAGAGGAAACUGGAGCAUAAAGCCCUGACAAUGGCGCAGCAGUUUUCUUUGCCCAAUGCCCAGUACAUGUUCACCACUCUGGCAUGCAUGGACUUCAUGUCUGUGGCUCUUCUGGACAUCUGCAGUACCAUGAUCAUUGAGAACAUCACUGGCAUCCCCUUCUGGAGGCUGGUCAGUGUGCUGCAGGCCUCACGGGACCUCCACUAUCGCAAUGUUGCCCUCUUCUCUGCCAUCGCAGAAUACGUGACCUCCACCUUGGACAUGUGGCAGAUGAAGCAGGUGAUGCACUUCCUGAGCCUUUUUGAGGAGCUUACCUUCCUCCCCACUGGUCUGAUGGACGUCUUGGCAAAGAAGGUGAUGGCAGAGACCCCGUCUGUCACCCAGAAAGAACUCCUGACCAUCCUGAGAGUCUACUCCUCGCUCAACUACAUGCCAAAGGGGUGCAGACAAGAGUUCCUUGACUGUUUGAGCUCCAGCUUUGAAGGCUACCACCCCAAGAUGUCAGACGUGGACCUCCUGAGGGGUGCAUUUGCUCUGUGUCUUCUCGGCCACUUGUCACCGGCUUCCUUGGACAGGCUCAUGCAGAACGAUGUGCAGGAAGGCCUCCUCUCCACAGACCCCUACAUCUCUGAGAGGCACAAGCAGCUGCUCCAUUACAUCAGCCUCUGCCAGGAAUUGGACCGGCCUGACCCCCCUCAUCACCUCAGUGUCUCAAGGAGGCCACCGCUAGACCUGCCAUCGAACCCCAGUGUGCACAGGGCUCUUCAGGAGGCCCUGGGUGAGGCUGACUGCCAGCAGGGGGUCAUCUUGGAAAACGAGUAUGACAUUGAUUUUGAAGUCACGUUGACUGAUGCCCAACCCCAGGGAGCAGAGGAGGGGCGCUGCCAGAGGGUUGCCGUCCUUUGUCUUCCUCCCUACGCCUUCUGUCUCGGCACCCAGCAUCCCAGAGGCCGGCUGGCCAUGAAGGUGCGGCACCUGACGGCUCUCGGCUACCUGGUGGUCAUGGUACCAGAAGCCAGCUUUGAGAAGAUGCCACAGCAGGAGAGGGUGCAGUUUCUGAGGAGCCAGAUCUUCCCUGCCGGGCAGCCCGUCUCGGUGGAGUGAACGGUGAGCGACGUGGCAUCGUCCGUCCUGUUCAUGUUCUGACGUACUGGGUCUCUCUAUGGAGCGGCCGCUCUGAUGGCUCUCAGUGACUUGCUGUCAGCCCAGGGAUGUGAACUGAUGCAGGGCCACAUGCUAGGGACCUGCUGCUGACCACAGGCAUGAGUGUCACUUGCACACCUUCUUGCUGGCAGGGACUCGAGUGUGGUGAGGAGCGUGGCACACUGCUGGCACGUAAACAGGAAGUGAUGUGUAAGAGAGAGGCUGCACCCGUGUGCUCAGCUCAGGGGAGGCCCAGUGACAGGGACUCGCUGGGUGACGCGGUCAGGCCACCUCUCUGUCAAGAAAUUACAAAUAAAGAAAAGCUGAGGGUG